CCCAUAUACCACAACCCAGACAUGUUUAGACGACAAGCAAUUCGUUCGAUCCGCCAGGUAACAGGUUCUGUGAAGCCAGCUGUUUACAGUAAUGCCUCGGCAUCUCUUUUCUUCCGCCGUUUCGCCUCCAUAAACGCUCGUGCAGUGGUGUACUCCGAGCACGGCAAGCCCACUGAGGUGCUCAAGGUUCACUCUUACAAGAUCGAUUCACCCAAGGCAGACGAGAUCAACGUUCGUUUUCUUGCAGCACCAAUCAAUCCGUCCGAUAUCAACCAAGUCGAAGGAGUUUACCCCAGCAAACCCGAAAAAUCAACCGUUCUCGGCACUGCGGAACCCGCCGCCGUCGGUGGAAAUGAAGGUCUGGUCGAGGUCCUCGAGACUGGGAGCAGUAUCAAGGGCUUCCAGAAGGGUGACUGGGCGAUUAUGCGUCGAGUGAACUUUGGUACAUGGCGUACCCAUGCUACCGUACCGGAGGACCAGCUCCUUCCUGUGCCGAAGGGCAUGAGAGUCACCGCUGCCGCAACUGUCGCCGUCAACCCUUCCACUGCCUAUCGCAUGUUGAAGGACUUUGCUAACCUCGAAAAGGGAGACUUCUUCAUUCAGAAUGGAGGUAACAGCGGUGUCGGUCAGGCUGCUGUCCAGAUCGCUAAGCAGUGGGGCUUGAAGUCGAUCAGCAUCGUCCGCGAUCGUCCCAAUCUCGAUGAACUUAAGAGCUAUUUGAAGGAGUUGGGUGCAGACUAUGUCAUUACCGAGGACGAACUCAUGAACAAGGAGAUCCGUGAGAAGGUCAAACAGUGGACGGGCGGAAAGCCUAUCAAGCUUGCCUUGAACUGUGUCGGAGGCAAGCCCUCGACCAAAAUGGCUGCUCUUCUCGGCAACGGCGGUCACAUUGUCACAUACGGUGCCAUGGCCCGUCAACCUCUUUCCCUCCCGGCGUCACUCCUAAUCUUCAAGGACAUCAAAGCGCAUGGCUUCUGGAUGACCAGAUUCUACAAUGGACAUGAUAAGGAACGUCAGGAGAUGUUGGACGAGAUCUUCGGAUGGGUCAAGGAAGGCAAGUUCAAGGAAGCAAUGAAUGAUGUGACUACAUGGAAGACCAGCGCCAGCGAUGAGGAGCUGUGGGAGGCUUUCAAGGGUGCCAUGGAGAAGUCGCAGGCUGGCUUUGGAAAGAAGCAGGUCAUUGUCAUGGAGGAGUAA